AUGUUCCGAGACGAGAAUGACAAGGCGGCUCGACGAAGUGCAGAGGCAAAAGCCAAGACCGAGGCCCGUCGAAAACUGGAGGAUAGUGCAGCACUAGAAUCUGAUAUAUCCACUCCCAGUUCGCGAUCCGAUCGUUCACCGUCAGAUGAACUAUUCUGCAGGAGCAGGGGCCCAUUGAUUCUGACCCCUCCGAGGAUUUCUGCCCCGCUAUCCAUCUCAUUGGAGGAUCAGGGGUUAAGGUUCUUUGUGAACCGUUUUGUGACAAGGAUGGCCACCAGGACAGAUCGCUCUCCAUCGGUAGCUAUUGUACAGCCGUCUCCUCAUUUUGGAGUAGUUGCUCGCGAUCAGUCGAGUCGAGAUGCUGUCGUCUCGGUUGGCCUGGCUGCUUUGUCCAAUGUCAAUAAUGACAGAGCACUGCGGAUUUUGUCUCGAGAGAAACACGCGAUGGUCAUCAAGGCCGUGCGAGAAGUAGUGGAGAAUCCCGCUCAGGCCAAUCCCGACAAAACGUUCCACCUGAUCGUAAUGCUGAGUCUAUACGAAAUGGUCAGCUGUACCCCAAGUCAGCUCAACUCUUGGAUAGUGCAUCUGGAUGGUGCUGCUGCCUUGCUUAAGCAAUCCAUCUUUCAGUCAUCACUCACAAAGUUGGACCCCCGGGCCCACUUACAAUUCUACCUUGUUGCAAUUGUCAAAUAUUUUUCGAAGAAAGUUGUCUCCCCGGAUCUACUGAGCUGGUCUCUUGAUCUCAUACCAUCUGCCCCACCAGAGAUCUUCCCGGGCGUCGAUCUCGUUGACAUACUGGUAAGAUUCACGAAGUUCGAUGCAUAUGUGCAUCACCACAAGCCCGAUGCUAGAGCAGUAGUGGACUCAGCACUCUUGUUUGAAGAUGAACUCCACGAGUGGGAAACGCACCUCCCAAGAGACUGGUCAUUUAUUGUGAAAGAAUCCAAUACAUGCGAAUACACUUUCAAUGGCCGGUAUCACAUCUACAAAGAUCUGUGGAUUUCGAGAAUAUUCAACCACUACCGUUGGGCGCGACUGCUGGUCAACGAGACCAUCGUAUGCCAAAUUUCCAAAAUGGCACGACCCACAGCAAAUGAUGUGAUUCAACGGCAGCAAUCAUUGGACACUAUUUCUGUCAUGGCAACUGACAUAUGUGCCGGAGCUGCAAGUCAGGAAGCUAUCUCCGCGCAAGGAGUUGCCGAAGACCCCUCACAUAUACCAUUGUUGAAUGGUACCUUUAUGCUGCUUUUCCCACUAGGAGUAGCCGGAGGCACGGCCGGGAUCCCCGAUGAAGUUCAUGAUUGGGUUGUUGGAACGCUUGAGCGAAUAGGAUGUACGAUGGGGAUCCGGCGAGCUUUUGAAAUGAUACCUCAACUGAAGAAAUCAGUCGGGAAAUGGAAACUAGACCAGAAGCUGUGGAACAUCAUACAUGGGUAA